AGAGGUAAUGUACAAAUAAAGAAAUCUAUUUUCAGAUUAUUUUGCUAUUGUAUCCAUACAGUUAUAUUAAUGAUUUUUCGCUAAUAUCUGUAUUUAGAUUUGGAUCAUGUCUAGCACAUCUUGCAUGGGAAACUGUGAAUUCUUCCUUUGGACAGAAUGGGAUCCAGAAUAUACUGGGAUUAAUUGAUCUGUUGAGAAGUCUCCCUCCAACAUCUGUUUUAAAUGAAACCGCCUUCAACCAAAUGAAAUUAAUUAAAACAGAUAGACGACACAGAUUAAGUGCUCAGCAUUUGAAUGAUAUCAUGUUGGUCAAAAUUGAAUCAUCAUCCAUCCAAGACUUUGACCCAACACCUUCAAUCAAUAAAUGGAUGGUGACACCAUCUGCUCAAGGACGAAGGACAAACUACACCCGGGACACAGUGAAAGAAAGUGACAUUAUUACAGUGAUUGCAGAGAAAGAAGUUGAUAGGGAGAGACAGUAUAUGGAGAGAGAAGUGGAGGGUGAGAGAGGAGUGGAGGAAGAGAGAGAAGUGGAGAGUGAGAGAGAAGUGGAAAGUGAGAGAGGAGUGGAGCAAGAGAGAGAAGUGGAGAGUGAGAGAGGAGUGGAGAGUGAGAGAGAAGUGGAGGGUGAGAGAGGAGUGGAGCAAGAAAGUGAAGAAGAUUCAGAGUGUGAGCAAAAUGAGAAAGAGAAUGAAAGGAGAAUAAAUGAACUUGUAGCCGAGAUUGAGAUGGAAUACAAUUAGUUGAU